AACUACUGAACAAAUCAACUUGUCAAUCCGACUUCCAUCUCAGAAUCACAACCAGCCAUUCGUAUUCCGAUAAAAUAUACUCAGAAGGACUGAUAGCCUGCAGGAUGGCUUCAUCUCCCACGAGCACCAGCUCUGAUGACCAAACAUCUUCUCACAGUCCACCUCGAUCUCCGUCCCGACACUCUUAUAAAGAUCGCUCGAAAUGCUCUGUCUGUCAAACCCCGGUCAACCAAUGUCUGAAAAAGGCUCGAGCGUUUGGUCGGGACUGGACCACAUUCAUUGUGCUACACGGCUGUAUCAACCCAGAAUGUUCAGCGAAUUAUUGUACAGCAUGUGCCAUGGUCUGCACGUUGCACGAAACAAGAUCUAAACGAGUGCCCCUUUGUCGCAUUUGCAUCAAACCACUAUACUUCCGCUCUCUCCCAAAGCGUGUCCAGUUCUUCGACCAAACCUUCAUGACCCACUCGAUUAUCAACACACCAAUCGAGUCCAGACAGUCCACCCGAGAAGCAUACCUAUUUCUGAUUAGUUUGGUGGUUGAACGGUACCGCAUUCUUAGGCCAGGAUCAGCAUUCAACAUAGACGACUUCUACGUUUGGAUGAUGGACACCCACUAUUCCUUCACGAAGCAACCAAUCGAUUGGACCAACGUGGACAGAGUGGCUUUGACACUCGUGUGGAUUAGCUCUUUUGCUGGAAAGCCCCCUGUGUUAAGGUAUAAUUUGAUAGACACUAGGCUUCGCUUUGAGGAUGUUUGGAGAGACCCUGGCCUACGGCACGCGGCGACACUCGAAGGCCUCCUCGCACUGCAUCUUCACCCAGAAGGAAAUCAGAUAAUCUCGAAACUUCAAUUAGCCCGCAGGCUUGCUCGUGCCAAAGAACCUCAACACCCUCAGAUCUGGACUAUCUCGGAACGUAUUCAUCGCAUCGCUGUCUACCAUGUGACAAAAGCUCGCCAACUCUACGUUUAUUGCCAUACCCAGACGUAUGCCCCCCUGUCGGCUACUCGACCGCGAAUUAGCGUCAAUAUUCCCCCUAACGCUGGCAUGAACGAACUUCUCAGGAUACUUGAAGGACUAAACCCAAUUGUCGAGGAUUUUGAUUGGGACUACAUGCUACAUCAUCCCACAAGGUCUCCAGUAUGGCCGCAUUCGGACUUUCGCGUGGCUCCAGGGCUGGGACAGCCUCUGCCUCAAGCCCUCAGACUGUUGGUCAGUAGCAAAGACGGUGUUCCGUUUCCUAAGCAGCCACCUGGGCCUUCAUUGCCAAGUCAAAAUUUGGGAAUUUCAGCCUCUAUCGCUCCCCCUAUUGCGACAUCACUCAAUCCUCCGCCCCCAGAGCCUACAAAAAAUCAGUCAACUCCAAACACUUAUGAGACACCACAAUUGCUUCCACUUGCUCAAAAUGCCCAGGCACUGCUCCAAGUCACAGGUACAAACCAGCCAGCUCCACCACCAUCCUCCCAUUCCCACAUCUCAUCUUCUGAAGGUGUCGCAAGAGACGACUACAUGGAUGUUGACGAAGAACGGAGGCCUAGUGAGGCUCAGUUACGCGUUUCACCCGGUCACCCUCAAUUGUCAAGCUCGGCUGAGUCCCUAUCAUCGGAGUUUGGACUAAUAAAUGAAACGCCUACGAAUGUCUAUGCUCCUAAUGAACUUCCAGACAAUCUCUACUCGCAUCGCGACGUCUCAAAACCUCAUCAAGUUCAACCUCGGCUCUCGACGGAUAACCGUGCACUACUGGCGAAGAGGGUAUUGAACGCUAAUUGAGAUAUAACACUUCAAAUGAGUUAAAUGUGGAAUUAACUAAUUGACAGCUGAACACAGAGAGUAACUCAACUUAUUCUGCUAUUAUAGCUGUGAUUCUGCGUCGUAGCUUCAGUGACGUAUGCGGAGAGAUUCUUGUGUUUAGCCAAUAACGUUCCGCAAAAACUAUUUCAUGUCGUUGAAGAACAAAUGUUACAUGUACAUAGUAAUGUGUUCCCAUUCCGAGAUGUCAGCUUCAGUGCAUGUAUAGAUACAAG